AUGAGGCUGUGUAAGUGGAUGGGCCUAUUUGAAGAUAUGGAGGGGAGAGCGAAGGAUAAGCACCGCAUUCUUGCGCAGAGAGUCCCCACAUGGACCAUUGAAAGCCACAAGAGACGCGCAGCCGCCCCGGUCCUGAUAGCGUCCGCGCGUGCUGCCGGAGCUGGUGACGGUUCUGUCUAUCGCAGCUGUAUACUUGAGAAACCGGGAGAGUGGGAGCCCCCGACCCGUUAG